AAGCGGGAACGUACGUGAGCACUGUAUAUAUUGUACCGGUACAAUACAGUGUAGCUGAGACGCGUGCAAUUUGACAGUUCUUCGUGAAAUUUAUCCGAGUGUAUCACAUCCAUCAUGGCUGAUAUAAAGACGGAAGAGCCCCCUCAUAGUCCAGAAAUCCACUUUGAACCAAUUGUCAAACUAGAUCGAGUGGAGACAAAAACGCUGGAAGAAGAUGAAGAGGAAGUCUUUAAGAUGAGGAGUAAGUUGUUCCGAUAUGACACCAGCAUUGACCCUCCAGAGUGGAAAGAAAGAGGUGUUGGCGAUGUGAAAAUUCUAAGACAUAAAGGCACUCAACCCAGGGCAAGAGUACUGAUGCGAAGAGACAAGACUCUCAAGAUAUGUGCAAAUCAUUUCAUCACACCGGUUAUGAAAUUGCAGCCCAAUUGUGGGAGUGAGCGGGCAUGGGUGUGGUCCACUCCAGCAGAUUUUGCAGAUGAAGAAGCUAAAGGAGAGACGUUAGCAAUUCGCUUUGCAAAUGUUGAGAAUGCUCAAAAAUUCAAGGAUGUAUUUGAGGAGUGCCAACGAAUGAUAUCAGAGCAAGAGAAAAAAGACAACGAGAAGCCAGAGGAAAACUCAACGGAGACACCAGCAGAAUCUUCCAAGGAAAAGUCAGCUGAUGAAAUUGCUGAGAAGCUGGGAGAAAUGACGGUGAAAGAGACUGGGGCACCAGCAGAAGGUGGAGGUAGUGAAACAGGAAUAGAGGAGCAAGAUAACAAGGACAAGUCUGAGGUACAACGAGAUGCACAGGACAGUAAGGACGAUUCUGAAAAGGAGAAUUCUGAAACCAAGAAGGACUGAUGCUGAUUUCUCUCAUCUAACGUGGAGUUGUGUGUGGGGAGGGGGGUCUGAUGAAGCACCCACUCAUUGCCAAAGGGUCUUUUCACAUUUUCUUGAGUUACAUCAAGUUAUGCUGAGGUUCAUCUGCGAUUACACUCAAGUCCAAAAGGAAAUCUUUGACAAUAUGACGUUGGCGUCAACAUGGUACUGAGAUUUGGUGGAGAUUUUAUUUUUAGCCAUCCACGAAUAGCCAGGACUACGUAAGUCUUAUGAAUCUGGCCAGGCACGACAUAAACCUCAUUAAUUGGUAGCCUACCACAUCACGCAAUGCUGUAAAUGUCAUAUCUUUAAAAAUAUUUCACAGAAUGAAGAACUUGCAAUGUGAAGAACACAAUCACCUAAUGAAGUAUCCCCAGACAGUAAAUUAAUACAUGCACCUGUGAAACAUGUUUCAUAUCAAUACAUGUACUUGUGAGGAUGUGUAGGUAAAUAUUGGAAGUCGCAUGCUUCCAAAUGUAUGUCACAGUUAGUCUGGUACCUGUAGACUUAUACUAAUCUUUGCAUCUUACAUCAUGAGACUUGAUACUGUACUUGUAGUAAUUCUCAUGUUGAUUGCCUGAACAGGCUGUUCUUGUGUACAUGUAAAUUUGAUCUGAGACAUUCACUCAGAUACAGUGUGCGUUUACACACAAGCAUUGAGUCACACUACACAAGGUCAGCUCACAUGAAAUAGAACGAGGAAAACAAGAUGAAAGAAUCAUAUUGCUUUUGGAAGGGAUUAUGACUGACAUGCUGCACUUCACACCCAGAAGACUUCAAGUGUUGGAAAUAAUAGAAUUUUAUAGAGACGCCAUUUUUUUUUCUGCCUUGACAGCUUGAAAUGUAAACUCUUCAUGUUUAGUUGGUCUGAAAUACAAGAUUCAUGU